AUGGUGUUCUACUUGGAGCACGUGCUCACGGGCGAUCAGGUUUUCCUGCUCGAGGGCGUAAACACUCUGGGACGCCACUCCACCUGCAGCUGGAUAAUGAAGUACGACUAUAUGUCCCGAUUCCACGCCAUCAUCCUGGUGAAGCGCGGUCAGAUUUUCAUCAAGGAGCUGGAAGCCCUCAAUGGCGUGUUCCUGAACUAUUCGGAGGAGCGAAUAGGAUUGGGAUUGCGGGAGAUAUCCGUGGGCGACGACCUGUCCUUCGGGGUCAAGGUGAACGGCGACGAGGAGCUCGAAAUACCGACCUCUUUCGGUAUCUUUACCGUUAAGUCGAAGGAGCCGGACUCCACCGAUCCCAUGGACGAAAAGCCGAUCCUGGAUGAACGUACGGAGCCGGACUCCACCGAUCCUCUGGGGGAAGACCCCAAACUGGAUUAUCCCACAACUGAAAUGGAAGGCCAAGAAACUAACGACAUCGAAGAGCCAGAAAAAUUACACUAAUCCGCGGAAACACAAAUGCAAAUGCCGCACUUAAGGCGUUAAUUUCUCCAGCCCGAUAAGACCAACUAAAACUGGAGG